GGGGUAAAAUACCUCAGAAAGACGGUUGUUUGAGGUUCUGAUUCCAAUUUAGAGUUGAAGUCGGACUCUGGACAUUCUGCUGUCAGGUCCGAUAAACAACGGCCUCUCUUGCUCCUUCACCUCAUGCCAUUGAUCAUUGGGGAGGUGUUCGCUCGGAUCUACUAUCUCAGACUUUUCUACGCGUGAGGUGCAAAACAGUCUGGGCCACUCUUUGGCGGUUUCUCAACGCGUGGACCACCGCCAUCGCGAUUCAAGCCUCCCAUAUAUCAAGGUCCACACCGCUCCUUCUCUCCCCCCAAUUGUUCAACCAUCAUAUACAGCCAUGGCUUCGACGUUAUUGAUUCCUCGCAAAUCGCGAACAGCGGAGGAAGAUCGCGUUGCUGAACCUGGAUGGCUCAAGCGUCAAGUCACAAGCGGUCUGCAGUUCAUCUCCCGCCGUGCCUGUCUUCACCCCAUUCAUACGAUCGUCAUAAUUGCUCUCCUUGCCAGUACGACUUAUGUCGGCCUGCUCGAGGGAAGCCUUUUCGAUUCGUUUAAGAACCCCAGAAAUAUCCCUGGUCAAGUUGACGUGGAUACUCUUCUCAGAGGAAGCAGAAGCCUGCGACUAGGAGAAAGUACCUCAUGGAAAUGGCAAGUUGAGGACGUUUUGACUGCCGAAAACUCUGAGUCCGCUCAGCACAUGGCAUUGGCUACUUUUAUCUUUCCCGACUCGGUUUCCAAGUCAGUAUCGACUGCUCCUCUUGUCGAUGAGGUUCCAAUUCCUGCGAAUACCUCUGCACAGCGAGUCCCCCAUACGCCGAAUCUGUUCUCGCCUUUCUCUCACGACUCGUCUCUUGUGUUCACUCUUCCUUUCGAGCAAGUCUCCGAUUUCUUGAAGGCCGUUCAGGAGAUUCCCGAGCCUUCUCCUGGUACGGAAGAAGGCGAACAGAAGAAAUGGAUCAUGCGGGCAGCUCGCGGCCCGGCUUAUGGGUCUACUGGGGCUCUCAAGCUUUGGUUUGCAGACGCCUGGGGCUCUUUUGUUGAUCUGGUCAAGCACGCUGAAACCAUUGACAUUGUCAUUAUGACCCUGGGUUACCUCUCUAUGCACCUCAGCUUUGUUUCCCUCUUCUUCUCCAUGCGCCGUCUGGGGUCAAACUUUUGGUUGGCCACCACCGUUCUUUUCUCUGGUGCUUUCGCCUUCCUGUUCGGACUUCUGGUCACUACAAAGCUUGGCGUUCCUAUCAACAUGCUUUUGCUGUCUGAAGGUCUUCCGUUCCUUGUCGUGACCAUUGGGUUUGAAAAGUCGAUCAUCCUCACUCGGGCCGUUCUGAGCGCUUCCGUGGAUAAGAAGCAAGGUGGUCGGGCUGGCAAUACCCCUAGAUCCAUCCAGGAUUCAAUCCAGACUGCUAUCAAAGAGCAGGGAUUCGAGCUCGUUCGCGACUACUGCAUUGAAAUUGCCAUUCUUGCUGCUGGUGCAGCUUCUGGUGUGCAGGGAGGUCUCAGACAAUUCUGCUUCCUUGCGGCCUGGAUCUUAUUCUUCGACUGCCUCUUGUUGUUCACCUUCUACACCACGAUUCUUUGCAUCAAACUCGAAAUCACCCGCAUCAGACGUCACGUUGCGCUCCGCAAGGCUCUCGAGGAAGAUGGGAUUACUCAGCGCGUUGCCGAGAACGUGGCUUCUAACAACGACUGGCCCAGAGCCGGAUCCGAGUACAAUGGCAACAGCGAAACCAGCAUCUUCGGCAAGAAGUUCAAGUCCAGCAACGUGCGUCUCUUUAAGAUUCUUAUGGUUGGAGGCUUCAUCCUGAUCAAUGUGGUGAACUUGUCGGCUAUCCCUUUCCGGGAUUCCGCUAGCAUUCCUCUUCUGUCGCGCGUUUCCAAUGUCCUAGCGCCCACCCCCAUUGAUCCUUUCAGGGUCGCUGAGAAUGGGCUUGAUUCUAUCUAUGUCUCUGCCAAGAGCCAGAUGCAGGAGACCGUGGUAACUGUCAUUCCUCCCAUCAAGUAUAAGCUGGAGUAUCCCUCUGUUCACUAUGCUGCGCUGGGAGAGAGCGCAGGGUUCGAGAUUGAGUACACCGACCAGUUCCUGGAUGCUGUUGGUGGACGCGUGAUUGAAAGCCUCCUGAAGAGCAUUGAGGACCCGGUCAUCAGCAAGUGGAUCAUCGCUGCCUUGACUCUGAGUAUCAUCUUAAAUGGCUAUCUUUUCAACGCUGCCAGAUGGAGCAUCAAGGAACCGGAAACUGCUCCCAAGACGGAAGCCCCGAAGCCCAAGGUCUACCCGAAGAUUGAUUUGAAUAACCAAGAGGGCCCCAAGAGGAGCGCAGAAGAAUGCGAGAUCUUCUUGAAGGAAAAGAGGGCAGCUUUUCUGUCAGACGAGGAACUCGUGGACCUUUCCCUGAAGGGCAAAAUUCCCGGUUACGCUUUGGAAAAGACCAUGGAAAAUGAGGAACUUAUGAGCCGCCUUGACGCUUUUACGCGCGCAGUGAAGAUCCGUCGAUCUGUCGUGGCCAGAACGGCUGCCACCUCCGAGUACAGCAGCUCCUUAGAGACCUCGAAGCUUCCUUACAAGGAUUACAACUACACUCUGGUUCAUGGAGCCUGCUGCGAGAACGUUAUUGGUUAUCUACCUUUGCCCCUCGGUGUUGCUGGCCCAAUGGUUAUUGACGGUCAGAACUACUUCAUUCCUAUGGCCACUACCGAAGGAGUCUUGGUGGCUAGUACUAGCCGAGGUGCUAAGGCCAUUAAUGCUGGUGGUGGUGCCGUGACUGUUCUUACUGGUGACGGUAUGACUCGCGGUCCUUGUGUUGGGUUCCCUACCCUCGCACGAGCUGCUGCUGCCAAGGUCUGGCUGGACUCGGAGGAAGGCCAGCGUGUCAUGACUACUGCUUUCAACUCUACUAGCCGCUUCGCCAGACUCCAGCACAUGAAGACUGCUCUUGCCGGUACCUACCUAUAUAUUCGUUUCAAGACGACGACAGGUGAUGCCAUGGGCAUGAACAUGAUUUCCAAGGGUGUUGAGAAGGCCCUCAAUGUCAUGGCUACUGAGUGUGGCUUUGAUGAUAUGGCCACGAUCUCCGUUUCGGGUAACUUCUGUACAGACAAGAAGGCAGCUGCUAUCAACUGGAUCGAUGGCCGUGGUAAAUCUAUUGUGGCGGAGGCUAUCAUUCCUGGUGACGUUGUCCGGAGUGUAUUGAAGAGUGAUGUCAAUGCCCUUGUCGAGCUGAACACUAGCAAGAACUUGAUUGGAAGUGCCAUGGCUGGAAGUAUUGGUGGCUUCAACGCCCACGCGUCCAACAUUGUGACUGCCAUUUUCCUUGCCACUGGUCAAGACCCUGCUCAAAACGUGGAAAGCAGCAGCUGUAUCACUACCAUGAGAAAUCUCAACGGCAACCUCCAGAUCGCUGUCUCGAUGCCUUCCAUCGAGGUCGGAACUAUCGGUGGUGGCACAAUCCUUGAGGGACAGUCGGCCAUGCUUGAUCUUCUCGGCGUGCGUGGAUCCCACCCGACCAACCCCGGUGACAACGCCCGCCAGCUGGCGCGCAUUGUUGGCGCGGCUGUUCUUGCCGGAGAGCUGAGCUUGUGCUCUGCCCUGGCCGCUGGUCACCUUGUCCGGGCUCACAUGGCACACAACCGCAGUGCUGCCCCGACGCGCUCGGCGACACCUGUUUCUGCCGCCGUGGGUGCUACUCGGGGCCUCGCCAUGACCUCGUCGAAAUGAAGUCCGGGUACGCUCGGUUGCCUUAUGAAUGCAUGUCCCCCAAUCUUCCUGCCACUGAGCAGAUUCUUCUCAUUCGCGCUCUCCGGAGACACCUCACUCGCCCGUCUCCCUCCGCACACGACACCGUUCUGGCUAUCUGGCCCAUGAUUUAGUUGGGAUAAUUCUGGCCAUCUUCUUACGCUGACGGGCUUUUUACGACUGUACAUUUACACUCUGCAUAAACAUUGGUACUUUAUCCGGGCAUUCUGCACAUUCCGUGCCUGUUCCUUUAAUGAGUGGAGGAUUUACCCUGAUUGUGGAGUACAGGGAUGUUGAUAGACAAAGGAGAAGAAAAGCGAAUGAUUUUGUAGAAAACGAGCACCAAGCUGGUGAUGCCUGGGCUGUGGCGGCCGGAAAGUGUUCGCACACCUGAAGGUUUACCAACAUAUUGUACGGAGUAUGGAUAUUCCAACG